AAUAAUUUGUGUAGUUCUUGAGAAGAUAGCCAGCGACUGCAAAUAAUUAUCAAUCUCCAAACCGCAACUUUCGUAGUAGCUCUACCAACACCCAGAAAUAGUUUAAAGAGAAUUAGAGUGGGGAAGUUGACAAACUUUAUAAAAUUCUCAAACUAAAAACAUUCACUCGAAAUUCAAUCUCAUGUUGUUGAGGACCUUUCCCUUGCUUCCUCGUUUGCCUUUCUCUUGUUCUCCAAGAUUUCCUUUUGCUGCGAUGUCUGCAGAAGCAGGACCAUUGUGUCCUAAGUUUAUUCCUGUGGAGCAAAGUGAAAUUACUUCAAUCAGCAGCUCUGAAGCAUACAAAUUCAGUGUUGUCUCAUAUAACAUAUUGGCACAGGUAUUUGUGAAGAGUUCGUAUUUCCCACACUCCCCAAAACCUUGCCUCAGAUGGAAGGCUCGUUCCCGAGCUGUUUUAACUGUUCUAGGAGAUCUCAGUGCUGAUUUUCUCUGCUUACAGGAGUUAGAUGAAUAUGAUAGCUUUUAUAGAGAGAAUACGGAAAAACUUGGAUACUCAAGCAUCUAUAUCCAAAGAAGUGGUCAAAAACGUGAUGGUUGCGGAAUCUUUUACAAGCAUUCCAGUGCAGAAUUCAUCUUACAAGAGAACAUUGAAUACAAUGAUCUCGUGAAAUCUAUUGAAGGUGAAACAGACACGAGCGUGGCAGAUAGUGUUGUCGCAGUAGCUAAAAGAAAUGCAAAUGGUGAAGAAACUCAAGGUUCGACAGUGAAAGAUGCUAAAGAGGAACGUGGAGAUCCUAAUGAUCCUCGUGUCAGAUUAAAGCGUGAUUGUGUUGGAAUUAUGGCUGCAUUUAGACUAAAGGAUAUUUCUCGACAUCUUAUCAUUAUUGCAAAUACACAUAUUUAUUGGGACCCAGAAUGGGCUGAUGUUAAGUUGGCUCAAGCUAAAUAUCUCCUGUCACGCCUAAAUCAAUUCAAAACUCAGGUUGCCGAAAGAUAUGAUUGUAUACCUUCUGUUAUUGUGACUGGAGACUUCAACUCUACACCUGGAGACCAGGUGUACAAUUACCUAAUCUCAGGCAGCUCUUUCUCGGAGCCUACCGUUGAAUGUCCAGAUGAGUUACCCAUGCCUCUGUGCAGUGUCCACGCCUGUACAAGAGGAGAACCGGCGUUCACCAACUGCACCCCUGGUUUUACUGGUACAUUGGAUUACAUAUUCUUUUCGCCCUCCAACUGCAUAAAACCUGUGAGUUUCCUUCAACUUCCUGAUGCAGAUUCUCCCUCUGUGGUUGGCGGGCUGCCAAACUAUCAACAUCCCAGUGACCAUCUGCCCAUUGGUGCCGAAUUUCAAGUCCUUAUUGAAUAGCAUUACCUGUUUUUUGGCUUCUAGAUUUUUACUUUCUUAUUUUAUAUGCUCUCUUUUUCCCAAAGCCGUGCCAGAAUUUCUGUAUUAUGAUUUAUGUUUUGACAAAAUGGUCUAUAAGAUUUCCUUGACCCCAUUUUCAAUUCCAAUUUGCCCAAAUAGUGUAUUCCCCCUUAUUGGUUAAUACAGAAACCUCAAAUGCUGUAAUAGUCGCAAUGAAUCCCAUUAAAACCUCCAGGCCACUAAGACCUCACCUGGAAAUUAUGUUA